GGAUCCGCCUCGCCGGCUGCGGCCGGCCGGGCUGGGAGACCCGCGCCGGGGAGAAGGUGAGGGGAUCUGGCGGGCAGCUCCGCACAGCCCGGAAAAUGAGCGCUUGGAAACCUGCCUGCGAGCGGACCCAUGAUCGAAGGACCAAAGGAGCCGCGUGAUCGCCGGACCUGGCCCCGCGACCCCAGACAUGGGCCAGACCUCGGUCUCCACGCUGUCCCCGCAGCCCAGCAGCGUUGAUGGACUCGACAAAGCUUCCAUAGCAAACUCAGAUGGCCCAACAGCAGGCUCCCAAACACCUCCCUUCAAGAGAAAGGGGAAACUCUCCACCAUCGGUAAAAUCUUUAAGCCUUGGAAAUGGAGGAAAAAGAAGACCAGUGACAAAUUCAGAGAAACCUCAGCAGUAUUAGAAAGGAAGAUAUCCACAAGACAAAGUAGAGAGGAGCUGAUAAGAAGGGGCGUUCUUAAGGAGUUGCCUGAUCAAGAUGGAGAUGUAACAGUUAACUUUGAAAAUUCAAACGGGCACAUGAUACCCAUCGGAGAGGAAUCUACCCGAGAGGAAAAUGUAGUAAAAUCUGAAGAAGGUAAUGGCUGUGUAGCUGAAAAAACACCACCUCUGGAGGAAAAGGCAGAAGAUAAGAAAGAGAACACUGAAAACCACCCUGAAACACCGGCUCCUGCUCCACCUCCUCCAGCUCUUCCUAGGCCUAAACCCAAACCUAAACCCAAAAAAACACCGGGGCCUCCAAAAGGGGCUGCUGCUGGGGUAAGCCCCAAGGGUGACGAAGUGCCUCCUAUUAAAAAAAUUACCAAGGCUCCUGGUAAGCAGGCCCCCGUCCCUCCACCCAAGCCAGCAAGCCGAAACACGACCCGAGAGGCUGCUGGUUCCUCUCAUUCAAAAAAACCAACUGGGUCCAAAGCAUCAGCUUCACCAUCGACUUCCUCCACCUCAUCUCGUCCUAGAGCUUCAAAGGAGACACUUUCUAGCAAAACAGGGACAGUGGGAAUCACAAAGGGCAAGAAAAAAACCGGCAAGCAGCCAACCUCUCGACCGUCCUCAGAGGCAACCACUUCAGGCACGUCCGACCUUAGAGGAGACCCUUCUGAGACGAGGGUGGAGAGUCUCAAACCUGAGCAGACCGUCCCUGGGACCGAUGAGCGGACCACAGGCAAACCCGAGUCUGCGGUGCCUCCACCCCCUGUGGCUUCACCCCCUGCUCCCCCCGCCCCUCCACGUACUCUCGAGGAGCAGUGCACUGUUGCCCCAGACACGCCUGUGGUCCUGGUCAGCGAUGGAGCUGCCCUGCCCGCCCCUGCCUUAGACCCGAGUCAGCUUCUCUGGACCGAAGAGCCAACCAACAGAACCACUGUCCUCUCAGGCACUGGCUUAAGUGUUAGAGAAAAUGCAAAAUGCAGUUUUACAACCAAAGAUGAGCCGGGGAAGGCGGCACCUCAUCUGCUGACUCCUGGGCUGAUGGGAGAAUCUUCCGGAUCCUUCAGUGCCCCGGAGGAUGAAGGCCAAAGGGAAUACCAGGCCAAUGACUCUGACUCCGAUGGGCCUGUCUUGUACACUGAUGAUGACGAUGAUGAAGAGGAUGAGGACGAGGAUGGCAGUGGGGAAAGUGCUUUGGCAAGUAAAAUACGACGAAGGGAUACUCUUGCUAUCAAACUUGGCAACAGACCAUCUAAAAAGGAACUAGAAGACAAAAACAUCUUGCAGCGCACAUCUGAAGAGGAGAGGCAGGAAAUCCGGCAGCAGAUUGGAACCAAGCUCGUCAGGAGACUUAGCCAGAGGCCCACAACUGAAGAAUUAGAGCAAAGAAAUAUCCUAAAACAAAAGAAUGAAGAGGAAGAACAAGAAGCAAAAAUGGAACUUAAGCGCAGACUCAGCAGAAAGCUCAGCCUGAGACCUACAGUGGCCGAGCUCCAAGCUCGAAGGAUCCUGCGGUUUAAUGAGUAUGUGGAAGUCACCGAGUCUCCUGACUACGAUCGCCGGGCAGACAAGCCCUGGGCCAGGUUAACACCUGCAGACAAGGCAGCAAUAAGGAAGGAACUAAAUGAAUUUAAAAGCACAGAAAUGGAAGUUCAUGAAGAGAGUCGACAGUUUACAAGGUUUCACCGUCCAUAAAGAAGUGUGAGACUCUGGAAACAUAGACUGGUCAUCUUUGGGGGAAGCCUCUCUUCCUGAAAACCUGAUAUUGCACUGGGAUUUGAAUGUGUGUGUUUCCGUUUAAUUGGGGAAGGAAGUGUAUGGAAAGUGCUCCCCACCUAUACAGCCCAGAUAGGGCCAACAAGCAAAGAGACAGGUGCAGUGACUCUGCUGUCCAGCAUGUGUAUUGAUGGUAAGCAACACCAUGGUUAUACCAGUUAUUCUCCAUCAGGAGUUUUAAUCAAGGAAGAUGAGCAGAAGACAAUCGCUGGGUCCCUGUUACCAGAAAGCCAAAUUGUAGAGUGCGGGUUAAAGAGAAAUGGGGACUGGAAUUGCUGGGCACUGGAAAGGGGUAGGGGUUGAAAAUCAGAAAAGAAGAGAAAUAUUUCAUUAUGUUAAUGAAGAAAAGAAAAAAAAAAUCAAGGCAUAAAUAUUUUUGAAGUAGGCUUUUGGUAGCUGAGAACUUAUUAAGGGAUUUUGGAAUCUAAUCACCCAAUGUGGAUUCCUUAAAGACCGGAUCCUAGAAGAAUAUUCCUGUUUCACCGUUAUGUUGGUGCAGUAUAGUACCAUUAUUUUAUGUUGUGCCAGUGAAUCCAAUUGCCAGAAAUAAGUCUGAGUGUUUUCAUGCAUCUUUUUCUUAAAUGCAAGAGACGUUUAUUGACUCUUAACAAGCAUGCCUGCCCAAAUUUUGUUGCAUGUUUCAAGUAACAUAGCUAUAUACACACUUUUUAUUUUUUUAUACUCCUUAUCUAAUGUACCAGACUUCUACAAGGAUAACAGGACUGGGAAUAAAGUCAGAUGAAUGUGACCCUGUAAAUCUGUAGGAAGCUCUAGAAAUAAAUCUUUUGGUCUUUCCCUAGCUUGAUUAUCUUCAAAGUCAAAGCAACCAUGCUUGAUCUAAGGAAGAUAAUAUUGACAAUCACAACACCUUUUUCAAAAAAAAAAAAAAUCUGAAUCCAAAGUUAAAACUUAAAUGCAAGUGUUCUGCCAGCAGUUAUGUCUGAGUGGGCAUGGAAAGGACUACUCAUUUUCAAGGCUGCAUUAAGUUGGAUUGCUGCUAUUAAAAAAAUUAAGUACAUGGAUCAAAAAAAUACUCAUCCAUAGGCUUAAAAGAACACAGGGAAUUUCCGCUAAGUGGCGAGUGAGGAGGACCUCAUUUUAUAUUCAAAGAGUCUGCAGAUUACAUCCGUAAAUAUAGCAUUGACUUUCAGUGCAAAAGAAUCAGUGAGCUUAAAGUUUGAAAGGUUUCUCUGGGAGUCUACACUCAGUAUUGAGACACCCUCAAUUGCCAUCUUGCCGUUUUUCAUGGAGUCACAGACACAGCAUGGCUUCUGCUCCCAAACACAUAUGAUCAGAUGUAAAUACCCCUUGCAUUUAAUUGUUCUUUCAUGAUUGUUUUGUGCUCCUUGUAUUAAAAACACAUGAGACAUAUAAUAACAAGACAGGACACGGUAGACUUUAUUUUAUUCUCAGCGCUCAGGCUGAAAUUUUCUGAAAUGUUUCUGGUUCAUAAUAUGGAAGACUGUAAUUUGCAAUUUCAACCAAAAUAGCAAACAUUUAAUCUGGGGGAUAAGUUUGGAUCCUGUCGUUCAUUUGUAUUUUACAGAACCACUUGAAAUUGAAUGAUUUUGCUUACAAAUAAAAACUUUUAGCCCCAGUUGGCCUAUUACAAAAAGCUGGGACCAUUUUAUAACCAAGAAAAGAAGUUGCCCUUCUUCCUGCACUCAGCUGUGUGCACUAAAAAACCUAGAUUCUUCACUGUUGUCAUUUUAGUACUAGUACAAGAUGAACUUUUGCUUUUGAAGAAAAAAAAAAUUCUGCAUGCCCAAGUGUUUUUUCUUUCUGGCUGAAAGGUUUGCCCGUGUCACGGUGCUUCAAUCCAGCCAUGGGCAUUAAGUUAGUGCUGAUUCUUGCCCAAGUCCUCCCUUUCCUUAUAACAUUAUGAGAUGAUCACUUUUGUGUCUUGGGAAAAAGUCCAAGGAAUGUAAUGUUAUUUUAAUUUUCUAAUCUUUAAAUAUUACCUUAAUUUCUAGUCACAAGGCCUCUAUAAAAUGCUAAAUAUAAGACAUUUAUCACUGUUUUGGCACUCGAGAUACAGGUCAUGGCAAGUCUCUAUUUGGUUGAUGAAAGGAACAAUUUUUUCCCCAUUCGUGGUGCCUGUGAUGCAGUUUUUAAAUAAUCUACAAUGAGAUGCACCCAGUUCAAAAAUGACACUCUGGUCCUUCAGUAUACUGUCUCGCUAGUACGAUAGGUCAGAUUUAUGAACUACUCAUACUUUUUCUUCAUACCGAUUGACACAUUUAGAGAAAAGUUUACAAGUUAGAGAGAAAUGAAAAAGCCAAAAAUACUAGCACCGCUAGUCUAAUAUUUAAGAACCACCAAUUAUGUCAUGAGAAUGAUUCUUUAAAUAAAAAGCUGUGGAAACAAUCGAAGGGUUAUGAGCUAACCUGUAUUUUGCAGAAUAAGGUUCUAUAUUAAUAGCUAAUUUGAGGAGACGGAAACACUGCAUAUUCACCUGGCAGCCCAUCCAGAGGUCUCUUGUCUGGAAGACCCAAAAGAAUGCAAAGUUGUGGACCACCCUAUGCCCAAUGCCAGCACUUCUGCUGUCCAACCAAUAAGCUGCAAUUCUAUGAAGAAAAUAAAUAUGUGCACGAAUCGGGCUGUUGUAGCACAAACCAGGCUGUUCCCUACUUAACGUGAGACAUUAGGCUGACAUAGAGGAAAUGAGUUUUCCUGAGUCCCCAAGAUAUGAUUAGGGAAGCAAACAAACCCAUAUCCAGGAAGAUCCCAGGCAGGAAAGAACAAGACAGACUGUAAAACACAAAGGGACCAUCUCGGUCUUUUGAAAAAUCAAGCAAAAGAGCAUUAACAUUAAGGUUGUGAGAAGACGCCAUGGGCUUUAUCAGCUUCUCCAUGGUCUGACAAAAUUAGUCCUCUGGUGAUCAGAGUGAAUUUAAAGCAGCCCUGCCUGAUAAUUCCCUGUGUAUGUGAAAUGUCUUGCAUUUUUUAUGUUUGAUAUGAUUUACCUUUAUGUUAAUUCCUUAAAUUAUUUAAACUAAAUCUAUAAUAUUCAGAGGACCAUUUUGGGUAUCUGAAUAGCUGUUCUAAGUGGAAGAAAAAGCAAACUCAUCCAUCUUCUCUGAUUUACCCAGAAAAGCAGACUUUCUGGUUUCAUUUUCAUCUCCUUUAUUAGCAUAAUGAUUGUAGUCACUUAUCUUUCUCUAACGUUAGUAAAUAUAUUUCUGUUAGAAACUUCUGAAAUGUAAGUGGAAAUCUAUUUAAGACAGUAAAGGAAUUGAAUGCACCCUUGAAAGUCAUCAAAUAUUGAAAAUGAGAGAUAAUUUCUUAAAACCUGUAAUUUGGGUUUCACACCCUGCAGUUAAUUCAGUGCUGCAUUGGUACUUUGAAAACAUACAGUAGCUUACACUUAAAAGAGAAAACAGUCUGCAUUAACGCUGCGUAUCCUGAUACAUACCACGUUUUAACACGUAACAGGCGUUGUGUUUAUACUCAACAGUCAGACACAGCUUGCAAAAAUGAUACCGUAUUCGCAAUAGAAGACAACUUUGCCUACCACAUAGUUGUAGGUGCACAUUUAAAGAGUGAAAAUGCUCUAUUCCUCCUUUCUUGCUCAAAAAUUUCUUCAGUUUAUUAUUCUUUAAGUGGUCCCAGCAGCACAUUAAACAUAGUGAGAAGCCUUCCUCAAAAAUAGGUGAGAUGGAAGAAAUAUACGAUUAUGUCAUUUUCAUCAAUAUGGUAGCUGAAGCAUUUCUAAAUUCCAGCUAUAUUAUUACCCCUAACCUUACUAGUGAAAGUAUAUAAUUUGUGACAGGAAUUAAUUUCUUCACAUCAUUGGAGUAUGUUGUGAGCAGUAAGGAGCCACUAGGAUGCAGUUUAUUUGCAGAGUUGUCCCUUGGCCUCUUGAAAUGGGUUAUGUUCCACUAUUGAGUAUUUGCUGUCUUCUUAUUGGCAGGAUGUAUCACACUGUUUUGCUUGGCAAAGCAGAAUGAACUUCUGGAACUGAAAUAUGUCCUAGAGGGGAAUGCCAUGGCAAAAGUCAUCAUCAAAUUAAUAGGACCAUUUUUCUGAGAGAAAACUUAUCUUUAGGUAGUUCAAAUUCAGAUUUCCAAGAGCUUGGCAGUGACCAAAGGCUGGUGGGGACAAAGGUAGAAUACUCCCAAACCAUUCUCACUUUCACUUUCCUUUUACUUUCGGUAAUAAUUAAGCAUAAGCUUUAUAUGAAAAUGGGAACCACCAUCACAUUUCUAGAAACCAAUGGAAGCAUAUCUCAUAAGGUCAUUUCAAAUUAACAAAUCUCAUAUACAUUCUGCAAGAUUUCUGGCAUAAAAUAAAAUAAAAUAAAAUAAAAUAAAAUAAAAUAAAAUAAGAGAAUCCUGUGGCAGCUAUUCUCACCAAAAACCAACCCUACCGGCGAGGGUCAUUUUUAGCAAUGCUAGGAUUUACUGCACAAAAAAUGUCAUCCAGCUUGUCACGUUGCUCGUGCAAGGUGCCCCUAUGUGCAGAGCACUGUUGAUCAGUGUUUCUCAGUGAGGGUGCCUUUGACAUUUGGAGCUGGGCAAUUCUUUGUUUACAGAAAUAUUCCCCACGUUGCAAGACGUUUAGUAUCCUAAGCCCCUGCUAACUAAAUGCCAGUAGCAUGCCCAGUCACUGUAAAACCAAAAGUCAGAAGCCCUCCCCAGUGUUCAAAUGCCCUCCUAAGGCCGUACCACCUUCCGUGAAUACCCCUGUCUAGUGCGGUUUGAGGACACACAGGGAAACUACCUAUUUCAAAAUAUCGUCCUGACUGCCUUGCAUUACUUUGGGCCCUGAACAGUUUCCUUCCCUUUUAUUUUUCAAGGUUUCUGCUCCAGGGAAGCUUUAGUUUGCCAGUUCUUCAGGGAGGAGGUUGUCUGGCAGCCUUGGCAGUUCGAGCGGGCAUAGUCACUUGGCUGGUCCCUCUUCUGUUCAGGAGAAAUUUCAGAUGAAACAAAGUUUCUUCUCGGUUUUGGUCUCACAGUUUCACUUCAGAACUACACUGUUGAUCACAAUCUUUGUCAGUGUCAUGAGGAUUGAAUUCUACGGCUUAAUACACAACUAACAAUCCACAUAAACAAAGCCUGUGGUCCAUGAAAAUCACUGGUAGAUUUCACCUGGUAAGGUACAUCCCUUGAGUUACAAAGUAGUCACCUCUUUCCCCUCUUAAAAGAGCAUUUAAUCUACAUGCGAAUGCUUGAAUUCUCCCUGUAUAAACAUAGUCAUGCAGUUCAAUUUUACUAAAAUUCUGAAGUAUGAAGGAAGCGUGGAUUAACUGGAUGGCAUAUGUAUUGUUCCUACUUCGAUGAUGGUCAUACACAAAACAAGAUGAAUUUUACCUAGGUGAAACAUUAUUAAACUAUGCGAACGAUACAUAAACAUACUUAUUCUCUGUCACUUUUUAUCACCAAAACUGAGUAGUAAAUAUGUCCUGAAAUAAUAUGCAUGAAUGGUGGCUUAUAGAAUGGAAUAAUUUAGCCACUAAAAUUUUUUUAAAUAUUAAAAUUUCUAAAUAAUCUUUUUUGAGACAGAGCAACUCAGAGUCGAUAAAGGUGAUUAUAUUGUGAAGAUUUAGAUGGUGCUUAAGAAUUCUUAGCUUGUUAAAUACCAGUAUUUUUUUUUUCUUUUUAAGAAUAAAUUAAAGGGAGUAAAUGAGGCAGAAUGCCACUGCACCCUCAGGUCAAUUUCAUGAUAUAUUAAAAUGCCAAUAAUAUUUGUGCCACUUGCCAAUUUAGGGGACUUUUCCCUUACUGGAUGCUUUUAUUAUAGUUUAACUGUAUCAUUACAUUGCUUAGAGAGCCUUCACAAAGAGAUGUCACCAUUGCAGUGCUAACUAGCAUUUGAAAACAAUCCGAAUAAAUCUAGGGUCAAACCACUUUCAUUACUUAAAAUAUAGGCACUAAUUUUUAUUUUUAUUUUUUUUAAUAUUUCUUCUGUGGCUUAGAAAUGUGCCAGUGUUCCAAACAUUCUGUACCAGUUUCACCAGAUGUAGUACCUAGCAAAAACCUAACCUGUCAUUUUUUUCUGUGUUAAUAGUGACCUUCAAAUAAAGCACUAUAUGCAUUCUUUUGUUAUUUCAAGCUUUGGUUUAAGUGGUUAAGAGUGGUAAGCUGUGAUCAUUAUCAGACUGACUGAAUGAUUCCUGAUUUCCAGUGAGUGAUCUAAUUCUACAUAUGACACAGGUACAAUAUCUGUGAGUUGUAAAUAACUGGAACUAUACACUGAUUAACAUGACAGUUUCUCUUUUUGUUGUUGUUGUUCUUGAUCUGUACUGUAUUAUAGUAUGUGGGUAGAAAUACCUCCAAGUAUACACAGAUAUGUAUAUGUAUUCCACUAUUGCAACCUGAAAGACAGACUAUGUAUUAUCUUUUUUUAUUCCUUACUGGUGUUUGUGUUAUUUAAAAAGCAAAAUUAUGCUCUACUUAGUUGUAUAAUAUUAUAGGAUACUUUGCUGUGCACAAUUCCAAGUGCCUUAGAACAUUGUUUAGCUUUCUUAAGUAUAUAUAAAUGCAUAUAUGUAUAAAAUUGGGAAAAGUUACCUCAAUAAAAUCAUUGGGAAAUCCCCAACUUUA